UUCAUCUUCUAAACACGUGUCUUAAACAGAAACAUCUGGGAGAUGAGCGAGGGAUUGAAGAAGCUCUACCAGGUUUAUGAAGAGAUCGGUCAGGGAAGAUUCGGUACCGUUUUCCGGUGCUUCUUUCCUACAUCCGGUGACUUCUUCGCCUUAAAAUCCAUCGACAAACGUCUCCUCUCCGACUCCGUCGAUCGAGAAUGCAUCGAGAAAGAGGCCAAGAUUAUGCAACAUCUCAGCGGCAACCCUAAUGUCGUUCAAAUCGCCGAUGUUUUCGAGGACGAUGCUUUUCUUGACAUCGUUAUGGAGCUCUGCGAUUCUUCCGACCUCUUCGAUCGUAUCUCCAAACGCACUUUCUCCGAUGUCGAAGCUGCUGCUAUUAUGUUACCUUUGAUGGAGGCGAUCGCUCAUUGUCACCGGAAGGGCGUUGCUCACCGUGAUAUUAAGCCUGAUAACAUACUCUUUGACAGUCGGAAUCGGCUGAAGCUGGCUGAUUUUGGAUCUGCUGAGAUCUUUCACGACGGGCUACCCAUGAAAGGGAUCGUUGGGACGCCUUACUAUGUUGCUCCCGAGGUGCUUUCUGGAUGGGAUUACACUGAGAAUGUGGACGUUUGGAGUGCGGGAGUUAUUAUGUACAUAAUGUUGUCUGGAAUCCCUCCUUUUUAUGGGGAUUCUGCGGCUGAGAUCUUUGAGGCGGUACGUCGUGGGAAUCUCCGCUUUCCUACUCGGAAUUUUUUCUCUGUGUCACUAGCGGCGAAGGAUCUUCUGCGAAAGAUGCUUUCAAAGGACGUCUCCAAGAGAUUCUCGGCCGAGCAAGUACUCGGGCAUCCGUGGAUCACAAGCGGGGGCGAAGUUAGAUUGAUGAAUUGAGACAAUAGAAGAAAGAAAAACGUAGUACAUUGAUACUAACUCAUAAGGUUCUAGUACUGUACCGAUAAAUAAAGCUAACUAACCCCAAGGGGUAGCGCAGUUGAAAAGGGACCUCUACCUUAGAAACGGUGUGAUGAUUUUAAGUUUGACUCUUCUUAUUUCUAUGAGACAAUCACACGGUUGUUUAGUCCUCUUGAAAAUUGAGAAAAUAAAACUUACUUCUUUUAAAUGAAAGAAGUCAUCCCUUGGUGCUGUGCUAUGAAACUACCGGAGCACGACAGAUAUCAGCCAGGAGAGGUGAUGGUGGUUUUAUGCAUUCUUAGUAAUAGAUAUUUCAUACAAAAAUGUGAAUGUAAAAUUUUAUGUAUAAAUAAAAAAUGGGGAUCCAUCUUCAAUUAUAAGGGAAAA